ACGUAUCCGUAUUUACAUAGAUAUUCCUAGUUUUAUGUUAAAAAAUCUCGCCAAUAUUGAGUGAAGUAAUACUUGCUACGGGUGGACAUAACAUCACAUUUAUAAUGUCUGACGUCCAACAGCGAAGUUUGGAAGAACGGACGAGUAAGGCUGAAAAAGAAGCAAAGGCAAUUGAAGAGGAAAUUAACAAGUUGACAUCAGGCAAUUUGAGUUACAUCGGUGACCCUCGACUAGACAAACUCGUUUCAGAUAACGAAAAACUCAAACAUCGCUUAGCAAUACUUGAAAAUGCAAUCAAAGCUGAGAGCUCUGGUACGUCAGGAAAAACAGUCAAAAGGGAGCCAAAAAAGCGUCCAACUUUAAUAACUGAUAUUAAAUCGAUUGAGGGAACUAUUUGCAUUUUGGAUGAGCUUAAAAAUGUUUUUGAAAUCGCUAUCACUUCAGCAUAUCCUGAUCUCGAAGAACCCCCCAUCGCUAUCACUUUGUCAGGAAACAAUCCCAAAUUUGGUGACUACCAGUGUAAUUCUGCAAUGGCCAUAUCACAACUGCUCAAAAGUAAGGGUGUAAAGACUAAUCCUAGAGAAGUUGCUAAUAAUAUUCUCAAUAAAACUCCAGCAUCACCAUUGAUUGAAAGAAUGGAAGUGGCAGGUGCAGGAUAUCUCAAUAUAUACCUCAAUAAGCAGUUUGUUGAACAUGUAUUGACUUGCAUUCUCAGAUAUGGAGUAAAGCCACCCCCAGUAAAGAAAGAAAAAGCUAUUGUAGACUUUUCAUCACCUAAUAUUGCUAAAGAGAUGCAUGUUGGACAUCUAAGGUCUACUAUAAUAGGGGAAAGUAUCUGUCGUUUGUUAGAAUUUCUGAAGCAUGAUGUACUCCGAAUCAACCAUCUUGGGGACUGGGGCACUCAGUUUGGAAUGCUGAUUGCUCAUUUGCAAGAUAAAUACCCUGAUUUUAAGACACAUUCUCCUCCCAUUUCUGACUUACAAGCUUUUUACAAAGAGUCGAAGACACGUUUUGAUGAGGAUGAAGAAUUCAAGAAGCGAGCGUAUUCUAGCGUUGUUCACCUCCAGUCAGGACAUCCUGACUACAUAUCAGCAUGGAAACUUAUAUGUGAAGUCUCUCGACAAGAGUUCCAGAAAGUUUAUAAUCGAUUAGAGGUAAAAAUUAUUGACAGAGGGGAAUCAUUUUACCAGAGCAGGAUGGAAUCUAUAGUCAAAGAAUUAAAAGACAAAGGGUUUUUGGAAGAAGACGAGGGCAGAUUAAUUAUGUGGGGUGAUGCAGAGAAACGUGAAGGAAUCCCUCUUACUAUUGUGAAAUCUGAUGGAGGAUUCACAUAUGAUACAUCUGACAUGGCUACAAUUAAGCAGAGGGUAGAGGAAGAGAAGGGGGACAGAUUUAUUUACGUAACAGAUGCAGGGCAGUACACCCACUUUAUGACAAUUGAAGCUUGUGCCAGACGAGCUGGAAUAUUAAAGAAUGGACAAAAAGUUGAAAAUGUUGUUUUUGGUGUUGUUCUAGGUGAAGAUAAGAAGAAAUUCAAAACUCGUUCUGGUGACACAGUUAAACUUAUUGAUUUACUUGAUGAAGGGUUGAAAAGGUCCUUAGACAAGCUAAAAGAGAAAGGUCGGGAUAAAGUUCUUACACCAGAAGAACUUAAACUUGCACAGGAAGCUGUUGCAUAUGGUUGCAUCAAGUAUGCUGACUUGUCUCAUAAUAGAAUCAAUGACUAUGUGUUUUCAUUUGACAAAAUGUUGGAUGACAAAGGCAACACUGCCGUAUACCUGUUGUAUGCUCUGACUCGCAUUAGGUCAAUAGCUAGAACAGCUCAAGUCUCUUUUGAAAAUUUACUGGAUGAGCUAGAGAAAUCUGGUUUCAAACUUACUCAUGAAGCUGAAUGGAAACUUGGAAAGGUACUUCUAAGGUUCCCGGAAGUUAUCCUCAAAGUAGCAGGUGAUUUAUUUCUUCACAGCCUUUGUGAAUAUUUGUAUGAGAUAUCCUCAUGCUUCACAGAGUUCUAUGAUAAAUGCUACUGUGUAGAAAAGGACAAAGAGGGUAAGAUUGUAAAGAUCUUCUAUGAAAGGCUGAUGCUGUGUGAAGUUACUGCUAAAGUCAUGGAGAAAUGCUUAGAUAUAUUAGGCAUCAAAACAGUAUCUAAAAUGUAGGUACCUACUGUUAUCAAUUAUAGUAUAAGGUAUUUAUUUUUUGACAUAGAAUUUACUUAAAGUAAAUAUGUG